AAAAAAUUCUCAAAAUGAAGAGAGGACGUUCAUUAAAAAAAGAUUUAAGAUUUUUAUUAAAUAACCAAAAGUAUAGUGAUGUAGAAAUUUUAUGUAGUGAUGAAGAGAAAUUUUAUUGUUCUAGAAAUAUUUUAUCAGCAAGAUCAGAAAUAUUUGACGGUCUACUUUAUAAUGAAGAAAGUUAUGAAAACCAGAUUUCUUUUCCAACCAUUGAUUCUUCGGUAAUGAAAAUUGUUCUAGAAUAUAUUUAUACAGGAUCAAUUGAAGAAGAAUCUUUAAAUAAAGAUAACGUAUUUGAAGUUUUUAACGUCGCUGAUUACUUUCAAUUACCGGUACUUCAGGAUUUUAUUAUGGAAAUUUUCAAAAAUAAUCUAGUAGAAAAGAAUUACGUGAAUUUCUCACCAGAAUUUUUAUCCAGAGCUGUGGAUAUAAUGCCGUUAUCAAAAGAUAACAUUCUUCUAACUUUAUUGGUUAAAACAGUAGCGACUAUUCCGUUAAACGAGAUUGAAUUCGGUCGAUUAUCUGUUAAAGCUCUUCGAUACCUUUUAUCUUAUGCGCAUGAAAAAGAAAUGACUUUUGUAACUACCGAAUAUGAAAUUUUUCGUUAUAGCGCUAUCCUUGCAGCAAAACAAGUUUCCAAUGAUACAUAUAAUACUUUUAUGGAAAGGUUACCAACCUUGGAACAAAUAGAAAAAGUGGAGAAUUCAGUCCAAGUAAAUACUACCGAUCGUCAAGAAGUUGCUAAAGAAAUAGAAUCUUUUAUUAAAUUUAUUGACUUCAGUAAGAUUAAAGGACAAAUUUUAGCUAAUAUCGUUGAACCAUUAGAAAUUGUUCCAGAUAAAAUAAUUCUAGAUGCUUAUAGAAAAAAGGCUGUAUCAAAUUUUAUAGAAUUAGAUGAAUUUCGAAGUAUGACAGAAUUUAGUGAACCUAAUUAUGUUUGGGAUGAAUCAGCAUGUGGAUCAAAACUUUUUAUUAUGGAAAAUGGGAAUAUUAUACAAUCAACAUUUGGCCAAACCAGUCUUCAGAGUGUUAGAGCCGAGAUAUUAUUAGAGUAUAAUAAAGGAAUCUUUGAAUGGGAUGUCAUUAUUGAACAAUCUUGUAGAAGCAGUUAUGUUGGAGUAUGCGCGUCAGAAAAUUUUGAUUAUCAAGCCUGGGCAGGAAAUCAAUCUACUGGAUGGGUGUUAUGUUCCAAUGGUAGUUGUUAUAAUUCUGGAGUUUGGAUGAGAAACUAUUGCCCAACGUUUGCCGACUGUAACAACAUAAAAAUUACCGUUCAUUUAGAUAUGAAUAGAACAACUAUCGCUUUUACAGUUUCUGGUAUAAAGUAUCCCGAAGUGUGGUAUAAUUUACCAGCAAAACUUUAUCCAGUAGUGUCAUUAAGGUAUCCUGGUCGCUUUCGAAUUAAGUCUCAUAGAAAAAAUUGAGUGAAUUUAUAAGCCGUAUUUUACUUUUUUGUAAACAAAGAAUUUAAUUGAUAAUAAAAAAACAUUUAAGUAACGUUAAAGUUUUUUAAAAAAUAAUGGCGCUUGAGCUUAUUGAUUACUAGUUGCUAAAAUUUUU